CGACCAUCUUGUCAAAAGUGGAGUCGGUGACAACAAACAAAUAUUGUAAAAUGUCCUAAAUUGCUAGUAAUGACAUAAGUCCUAGUUUUCGUUUAAUAAAGAAUUGUGUUUAUUGAUGUUAGUGUUGUUUUCCAAGCGGUUACUAUACAUUUUGCUCAAUAUUUUCGGGUUUGUGUUGCGUCAAAUGACGUCAUGUAUGUGAUUAUUAUACACGUAUCGCGACUGACGAGUUCAUAGUGACAAUGCAGGAGCAGGACGGAGAUGGCGAGCCGGCGCACCACGCGCGGCGCCCCAUGAACGCUUUCCUCAUAUUCUGCAAGCGUCAUCGGAGCGUCGUCCGCGACAAAUAUCCUAAUCUAGAGAAUCGGUCAAUCACAAAAAUUCUAGGAGAAUGGUGGGCUAACUUGGACAAAGAAGAGAAAGCUUGCUACACAGGUCUUGCUAAACAGUACAAAGACGCGUUCUUCAGUGCCAACCCUGAUUUCAAAUGGUAUAAGUUACCGGCUCCGCCCUUGCGCACACUGUCGUCCCGGCCUAGAGAAAUUAAUGAAAAACAAAACGAAUCCCCUAACACGGAAAGUAACGAAUCUGAGCUAGAAAAAACCAACAAUAACUCCACUAAAGUAGAUUUCAACAAAAAUGCCAAUGAAGAUCAUGUUUAUGAAAAUGAUCCGAAGCCGCUAUCUAUGUUUACUCCUGGAAAGCUCGCUGAUGAAGCCCAAAUGGGAGGACUGAGUAGCCUCCUUGCCACAAAGACUGAAGCUCGAACUCCGAAUCCUUUUUAUUCACCCCCAUCACAUAAAUUUAAUGCGAUCUCAACCCCAAACGACUACAGAUCUCACCAUAUCAUAGACAAGUCGAAAAUCAAUUGUGUCUCCAGAGAGCAGAGUAUACGCGAACUACAAAAUGCUCUCUCUGAGACCACAAGAAUAUUCGAAGAAGACUUUGAUGGGAAAAAGGGAAUUUAUCAUCAGUAUCAUAGUAUACCGAAUGAUCGAUUCACCAAUCAAGACGUAAUAGACCAAAUAGUCGAUAAGAGAUACUCUAAAGACGAUGACUAUGGUUAUCAAAAAAAUUGGUCUGAUGAUGAAAAAAAUUCUAGAUCUGGGAGGUCAUGCAAAGGGAAGCGUUACCAGGAGUUUAUGGCGGUUGGGGGAUUGAUAGUAAAUAAGAGGCAAAGGCGAGAAAAUUCUGACAAAAUGCCAGAUGAAAGCUACAGUCCUUCCUGUAGUUGGGAAACUGGAAACUCCCGGAGCGAAGACUCAAUUGUUAUCGAUGAAUCCAAACAAGACACAUCGUUCAACGAGACUCCAGUCGAAUCCGAAUACAAAAACGACAUCACAGAUGCACCCGAACCAGACAAUAACUCAAACAAAACAUUCAAGGCUGCCGACUUCGAUUUAGAUGCUAAAAUAAGAGCUUUGCCUUCACUUAGCUUAGAGAAAUUCCAGCAAAAGAAACGCGAAAAUAAACGCAAGAAGAAAACGAUUAAUCUUAAGCCGAAACCUCUCGAGUCACCGCAAAUAGUCAACUCUGUUCCUAGACCAAAUUAUGAUGUACGACGGGAAAUGGCUGAAAGUUGGCGGGAAACGGUUAUUGGCAGUCAGAAACGUAAACCGAGGAAAGUGAGUAUAACUAGGUUUGAAUUUAAAAGUAUCUAUUCGAGUGUCGACACUAGCGAUUCGCAUAAAAUUAGCCCCGAAAUUAAAAUAGCCACCGAAGCACCGUGUACGGUGGUACAAAACAUGGAAAUUUGCAAACAACCGCAACACAGCAGUGUCGACUUACUGGCCUUAGCCACCCUAGCUGAGGUCGCUUCAAAUACCUCUAAGAUAGAAGGUUCAUCAAUUAUGGAGACCAUAACCGCCAAAGCAAGCGAUGAAAACGCUUCCAUGGUAUAAAAUACCAACAAAACUAGCCUUAAAAUUCCAAAUA